AUGGUUCGUUCAGGUGGAGCUAGUGAAAGGUCAAUGGGGGCAUAUGUAAGGAGUGCAGGGAUGCUACUUCCGAGUUGUUUACAAGCAUAUGUAUCAUUAACGUUCCAAAAUGGUAAGGAAGAAUACUGUGCAUCAUCAUCAACCAUUUUCGUGAUCGAGUUCAUCCUUUUCACUACGUGGAGAUCCGACGUUGCUUAUCUCCCAAUGAAGUGGGAUACCCGGAUGGGAUCUUUAACCCUCUCAACCUCACUCCAGCUUUGGACGGCAAAGAAUAGGAAAUUGCAAAUGGGAGAUUUGACGAUUUUAACGUUCUUAGGAUUUAUGAUUCUGUAUAUUGUGACCGAGAAAGGGCCAUUCGACAAUCUGUUGCAGCACCUUUCUGACCCAUGGCACAACACCAUUGUUUAA